AUGCAAGCGAGAUCUGCAAUAUCUCUAUCUCCAAACUUCAACACUCGCGUCGCCGGAAUCUCGGCGCGGGUGGCCGGAGAAAUCGCUUCCGAUGGAUUUCGCGACGAAUUACGUGCGGAGGGAGAAGAGAAUUGGAGAUUCCUAGAGAGAGAGGAGACUGGAAAUACUGUAAUUCCGGGGGAAGACGGCGGCGAGGAUAGCGAAUUCGAGUUCUCCUUCGCGGGGAGAGGCUCCGAGAUGCCGUCCCCUGUCUCCGCGGACGAGAUCUUCUGCAACGGCCAGAUCCGACCCGUUUACCCGUUUUUCAACGCGGAUUUGUUUCCGAAUCGAGUCGGAUUUGGGGGAAGAGACGAGGAGGAGUGCGGCGUCGGUUCUACCGUACGGAUGCCGUUGAUGAAGCUGUUUAUCGAGGAAAGGGAACCGGCGAUGGCGGCGGCGGCGAUGGCGGCGGCGGCGGCGAUGGCGGCGGCGGCGGCGACGUCGGGCUCUUCGUCGGAGGCGGACGAGCUGGACGGAGUUCCGGCGGAUACGUACUGCGUCUGGCGGCCGAAGGAGGCGGCGGCGGAGGCGGAGGUGCGAUGCAGGAAGAGUAGCUCCGUCGGCUCGAGGUCCAAGCGGUGGAAAAUCGGAGACCUUCUGCGCAGGAGCCACAGCGAUGGAGGUAAGGACCGUUUUUUGGUCUUUUUGAGCCGCGGCGGUAGCUGGAGAAAGGCGGAUGAAGGGGAGGACAAAGUCAAAAUCGCCGGGAAAGUGAGGCCUGCGGCGUGUCGUUCGCCGCUUGGUAAUCGGGACGGCGGUGAAAAGAGGCGGUCGUACUCGCCGUACAGACAGGAUUUUUUGGGCCUUUUCGCCGGUGCAAAUGGGCUGAGUAAAAAUUUGCAGCCGUUUUAA